UGGACUUCUUCGGGGUAAUAAUCAAAAUUAUCAAAGAAAUAUUAGCGUAUGACACCAUAAGAUCGACAUAAGUUAAAGUUAUGUUACCAAAGGAAGAACGACAAAAUAUUGUCUAUGAGACCAACUGUCAUGAUUGUAAUACAGCUUAUGUGGGAGGAACAUCCAGGCGAUUGAAUGUAAGGUUAAAGGAACCUAAACGGUGUUUGAAAAAUGUCCCCAAAUCCUCGGUCGACCUAAAGAAACUUGAGAAUAAGUCUGCGAUAAUGUUACAUGCGUUGGAAACAGGACACAAGAUUAAUUUUGAAGGGACAAAAAUACUUCAGAAAUGUUUUAACACUCAUAAAGAAGGAUUGACAGCAGAAGCGCUGUAUAUAUGGGCAAACAAGAACAGCUUAAACCGAAAGGAUGAUACUCAGUUAGCAGCUACUUGGCAAAUAUUCAUUGAUAAGUAAUUGGACCCUUUCUUUAUUCAACCUGUUUAUUUCACGUGCAUCGUUAUCUUGACUGAAGUUAAUGUGAGUUAUUUUUAGCAAUACAAUCACGCAUUUGAUGAAUCUCAUUUUAUAUACACAUCAAUGAUUCAGAAACGAUUUUUCAACCUU